UUGAACUUCUGCGACACCGGACUCGACUGCCAGCGCCAGCAUGAACAGAAUGCAAUCCGGUCAAUCCAAUACCUUCAAAGGAUCAUCAUUCACAAUGCAACGCGCAUCCGGGGCUGUGCGGCGUCACCGCCAAAGUGCCGGGAAAUUGAUUUGCGGCUGACGCCCAAGGCCUGUUUUAGUGUUGCCUGAUGACCCCAGUCGCGUCUUCCUUUUCGCUUGGCAUGUCGAGAAUCGGUAAGGUGCGCGACCGCUGGUCUGGGUUCAGGAAGGAUGGGAAAGGUGGGCGAUCGGAUGGUGGCUGUUAAGAUGCAUGGUUGCCCCAGCCGCGCUUCUGCAAAGAUUCUUUCCCGAGUUUUCGCUUCCCUCCCGGCGCCGCUGCAGUCACCAAGUCGCCGUCACCAGCGGCCAGGACGCCUACAGCCAUGGCCGUCAUGAGUCUCCGUCGGUUGGUCGCCGUCUCGGCCUGGCUCAGCGCCGUGUCCGCCGGCCUACAGCGUGAGCAGCCGCACGCACCGGGUCCCGUCCAGACACCGGUGCCCGACCUGAAGGAUGCCAAUCUUCUCCUGGCUCCGCGCGUGCUCACGGCGCGGCCGGCCCCAAGAGCGCUGUUGCAGAAGCGCGACACCAACACGUGCGGAUAUCUCGACGGGAAUUCCAGGUCGGCAUAUAUCUGCGGCCAUGAUGAAGCGCAAUGUUUGUUCAACACGGAAGCCUCUGCUGUGGGCUGCUGUUUGACGACAGACUGCAACAUCUACACUGCCUGUCUGGACUACUCGGCGUCCGACAGGAGUUCCACCCUGGAUAUGGAUAGGACGCGGUACUGUUCCGACUCGGACAAGCCGUCCUGUGCUGUCUUGCGGUACGCCGAUCCGACAAACUCCGUGUCCGGCUACACGAUCCCAACAUGCGACACCGUGGCGACGACGCGUCAAUUCUACUUCAGGUCCUUUGACACAAGGCCAAACUCGCAGACGAGCAGGAGCAGCUUGGUAUUGACGACCGAAACGUCAGCCGAGUCCACCAGCACCUCGGCCUCCUCAUCGUCCUCCGAUAUCACUCAGGCCGCCACCACAAGCGAUUCGACCAAUACCUCCACUUCUACACCCGCUGCAGCGUCGUCAUCCACUCCGGUUGGGCCUAUCGUGGGCGGUGUAGUGGGUGGUGUCGCCGGCCUCGGCCUGCUCGGUCUCGGCGUCUUCUUCCUCCUCCGGCGCAAGAAGCAGGACCCGGCCUCCCCGAUGGCACCCCCAGGCGGCCCAGUCUACAUGCCGCCUCCAGGCCAAGGCCCGUACCCGAACCAGCCAUCGCCUCCGAACAUGGCCAGUAUGCCCGGCACCCCAGGCGCCUUUGACCCGCGCUACAGCAUGGUCAAGCCCCCGAUGGCGACGACGGUCAGCUCGAUGCAGGGCUCGCACAUGAGCCCAGAUCCGAUGGGCAUCUCGCCGGCCAACAGCCCAUCGCCGGUCUAUCAUACGCAGAUGCACGCCAUGGCGCCUAUACCGGGCCAGAUGGGCAUGGGCACGCCAUCUCCGCCGCCGCCGCAUCACUCCAUGGGCGGCGGCACGCCCCCUCCACAGGGUCACUUCGCUCCGCAGAAUGGGCCGUAUGUCCCGUAUCCGGGCCCGCAAAAGCAGGAGCCGCAUUUUGGCGCGGCUGAGUUGCCCACGCAGCGCGGGGAUGGGCAGGUGCAUGAGCUGUCUUAGGAAGGAAAAGGGGAUCUUCAAGAGAAAUGGGAAUUUGUAGAAUGACCAGACUUUUGCUGACGUUCGCUGGUUCUCUUCAGCCCGUAUAUAUUUUACCUAG